ACUUAACUUGCAGGGGUAUCGUAGCUUGAAAGGGAGAGAUCAGGAUUACCUGUUAAGAGUCGCCCAGUCUCAUCCAUUAGCCUGUAAGGUGCACACAACAGGUAGUUGUGGACCGCAAAUUCCAUCCAUCAGUGUAGUUUGUCUGCAGCCCUCCAGAACUAGUACAGUACUCCGACUUCCACAUCAAGGUACAGCUUACAGUGAGUGCACUAGGACAGAGGCAUUGCAACUGAGGCGUCAGUGUUGGUGGUGGAUGUUGUGUCCACGUUCUUGUUGAGGCACACUAGGACUACUCCGGGAGUGAUCUCGAAGCGAGAGCAUCUGCUGGCGCGUGGGAAUCUUAUCCUUUGGGAUUUCUCCCAGUGUUGUCGAGGUGUGAUUGUUUGAGAUUUUCAAAGCCUUAAAGUGGUGAAGUCCAAGCUUACAAUCCCGUGUAUUAUUUCGCAUUAAAGAUGGCCUUCACCAAUAGAGCUGGCAUAGUUUUCUGUGCAGUUUUUGUCACUCUUUUACAAAAACUCAAUGGCGCCGAGUUGCUUCCCAACGUUGAGAGAGCAAGCUUUCCCAAAGGCUUCAUCUUCGGAACCGCCACUGCCGCUUACCAGUAUGAAGGAGCUGCAAGCGAAGGAGGCAAAGGCCCAAGCAUCUGGGAUACUUUCUCACAUCAACCAGGGAAAAUCCAAGGGAAUGGUACCGGAGACAUUGCCGUUGACCAGUAUCAUCGAUAUGUCGAGGAUGUAUGGUUAUUGAAGGACUUAAAUAUGGAGGCAUAUCGAUUUUCCAUCUCCUGGCCACGCGUGUUUCCAAAGGGCACAGGCGUGGUGAAUUGGGAAGGAGUCAAAUACUAUGAUAAUCUAAUCAGCGAACUUUUGAAACUUGGCAUUGAACCCUAUGUCACAUUAUACCAUUGGGAUAUGCCUCAAGCUCUUGAAGACUCGAUUGGAGGAUGGUUAAGUCCUCAGAUAGUGGAACCAUUCGCGAGGUACGCGCGGUUUUGCUUCGAAAGGUGGGGCACAAAAGUGAAGCACUGGAUCACUUUCAACGAGAUUCAUAGCUUUGCAGGGGCAGGUUACUAUACAGGAGUCAUGGCACCAGGGCGAUGUUCGGCGCCGUAUGGGAAUUGCUCACAAGGCAAUUCUCUCACCGAACCUUAUAUAGUCAGUCACCACGCUUUGUUAUCGCAUGCUCAAGUUGUUGACAUCUACAGAAAGGAGUUUCAGGCAGAUCAACACGGAGUCAUCGGCAUCACUACAGAUUGCACUUGGUAUGAACCUCUUGAUCAAGGCUCUGCUUCGGACAAACAAGCUGCUGAAUAUUCCGUUCAAGCAUUCCUAGGAUGGUAUUUGGAUCCUAUAUUUUUCGGAGAUUACCCGGCUUCAAUGAGAGAGUCUCUAGGAUCACGGCUUCCCACAUUUACAAAAGAAGAAGCAGCACUUAUUAAAGGAUCACAGGAUUUUGUAGGAAUAAACCAUUACACUUCAAAUUAUGCGACAUACAACAGUUCCACCGGGGAGAUCACCCAAACAGCCAUUGAGUUAAGGAGAUUGAUGGAUGCAGGAUACAGAAAUGGCGUUCCCAUUGGAGAUCCGACAGUAUCUGAGUGGCUAUUCAUAGCGCCAACUGGGAUGCGGAAGUUGCUGGGGUGGGUACGGAAUAGAUACAACAAUCCAAUAGUAUACAUCACUGAAAAUGGUGUUUCUGAAGCCAACAAAGACCAAGAGCUGCCCUUAGUGGACCAACUUAAAGACAGUGUACGAAUAAAUUAUUACCACAGUUACAUGCAAAACCUCCUCCUUGCAAUCAGGGAUGGAUCUGAUGUGCGUGGUUAUUUUGCGUGGUCAUUAAUGGACAACUUUGAAUGGGCAGUGGGCUACACCGUCCGCUUUGGAAUCUAUUAUGUGGAUUACAAAAAUGGCUUGGCUAGAUACCCCAAAAGCUCUGUGCAUUGGUUUCAACAGAUUCUAAAGAAAAAAAGAGUAGUUUAGUGUUAAUCAUGCCUUCAAUUCCUUUAAAGCAAUAAUUUCAUGUCUUCAUUAGACUAUCGAAUAAUGCUCUAUGUGGCAUUCAUCCUUGAUCUUAGACUAUAACUCUUGGUUUUGUUUCUACAGUGUUAAAUUUAAACUUUUUGUUAAUUGGAGGGAUUUGAUAUUGAGAUUGAUCGUAUCCUGGUCCAAUUCAUUUGUAAAUUUGGAUAAAUUUAAAGUUCACGAGUCCAACAUUGUGAUAUUAA